CCACUCCUGUGAUAUGAGUUCAUCACCAUUUGAGUUUCUCUUUCUUCCCCCUUCUGGAGAGAGAGUUUGGAGGACUUGAAGAAGCGUAGGGUGGGGGGGUCCUACUGCUUAUUGUUUGGAGGGCAGUAACAGUCCCUGUCAAUGAUUUUUACUUGGGUGGUGACUCUCAUUUCAAUGACCCACCCAAUCAAUAUCACACUUGCUUAUUGCUGGGGUGGGGAUUUUAAUCAAUGAACCAAACCUCCUCCUCUUCACAUUUUCUCAUUUCACCCUUUCUUUUCUCUCUCGGUCUUUUUCAUCACUCCCAGUUACACUUCGAACAUAAAGGGAAACCUGGAUCUCACUAAUAUGAGCACACCUUCAACACACGUGGAAGUGCUUCUGGUACUUGCAUUGCUCAGUUGCAGCCCGGGAAUAGUAUGGAGCAACACACUUUGCCAGCAGACAAACGACGAAGUUCGACCUCACAGCGUCAGCAUCACCGAAUUUGGUGCAGUUGGUGAUGGAGUCACUCUCAACACAAAAGCAUUUCAAAAUGCCAUCUUCUACCUGAAUUCCUUUGCUGACAAAGGUGGAGCCAAGCUUUUUGUUCCGGCUGGUAGGUGGCUAACCGGUAGUUUUGAUCUCAUCAGUCAUCUGACUUUGUGGUUGGACAAGGAUGCAGUAAUUCUCGGAUCAACGAACCCUGAAGAUUGGCCAGUUGUUGAUCCUCUACCGUCGUAUGGAAGAGGAAGAGAGUUACCAGGCAGAAGGCAUAAAAGCCUCGUUUAUGGGCGCAAUUUGACUGAUGUGAUCAUAACAGGUAAUAAUGGAACUAUCGAUGGUCAAGGGAGUAUCUGGUGGAGCAUGUUUAGGAACAAAACUCUGGAUUAUACACGUCCCCAUUUGAUAGAAUUGAUGAACUCAACAGGGGUCCUCAUUUCAAAUUUAACCUUGUUGAAUUCUCCAUUUUGGACAGUCCAUCCUGUGUAUUGCAGCCAUGUUACAGUUCAGAAAGUGGCGAUCUUUGCUCCUCUUGAUUCUCCAAAUACCGAUGGGAUUGAUCCGGAUUCUUCUGACAACGUUUGCAUUGAGGACUGUUACAUAAGCACUGGUGAUGAUCUGAUUGCAAUCAAGAGCGGGUGGGAUGAGUAUGGCAUUGCAUACGGUCGUCCGUGCACAAACAUUGUCAUCCACAGGCUUGUUGGUAAAACUCAAACGAGUGCAGGGAUUGCAAUAGGAAGUGAGAUGUCUGGUGGUGUAUCUGAAGUUCAUGUAGAAGAUGUUCAAUUCUACGAUUCAAAUACUGCAAUCAGAAUAAAGACUUCUCCUGGAAGGGGUGGUUAUGUCAGAAACAUCUAUGUCUCAAAUGUGACCUUGAUUAAUGUAGAUAUUGCUAUUAGGUUCACUGGUUUAUAUGGGGAACAUCCAAAUGAUGCUUAUGAUCCAAAUGCUCUGCCUGUAAUAGAAAAGAUUACAAUCAAGGAUGUGGUGGGAGAGAAUAUAAAAACUGCAGGUCUUAUAGAGGGUAUAGAAGGUGACAAUUUUGUCAACGUUUGCCUAUCAAACAUUGUCCUUAAUGUGAGCUCAAACUAUCCAUGGAACUGCUCCUAUGUUAAAGGAUAUUCCGACUUGGUUCUGCCAGAAGCUUGUGAGCCUCUCAAAGAAAGGAUUUUCCCUGAGCAUUGUUCAGAUUGUUACUAUAUGUCAAAUCAAAUUCAGAGUUCGAAAGGCCAAAAUAGAGGUGCUUGGUUUAUGUCUUGGUAAAUUGUGGAGUUUAUAGCAGCAAUAUUGUGCUACUAAAGCUCACUUUAUAGCUGAAAUUUGAUUGGUGCAUUUUUUCAGCAGGGCAAAGAAACUUCAGGUGACAUAAGAGGUUGUGUAGAGUUGCCGAACUGUGAUUUUGCAUCUUGAGAAAGUUACCGAGAAAUGAUUGCGUUGUGUAGCUUGUGUGCAGUGACAAAUAAUUGAGUGGUUUAUCAGAAAUAGGAAGUUGGAUGAUUUCAUCAUGUCAUGCUUUCUCUAGCUAUGGCUUUGGAAAGAAAAUUACAAAGUUUUGUGUUUCAGUUUAUUCUAAGGGAAAGAGUGUUUUUUGCUGUUGAUAGAAGUGAGAUAUGGUUACUCUGACAUAGUUCCCUUUUGCCAAAAAAUUGAUCCCACUUAGGAGAUUUUGCAGUUGUACUA